UUUUGCUCGGCCAGCUGUUUGCAUUCGAUAUUUAUCCUUAUAAUUUUUAUUGUGAAAGGGUUUUUGAACUUUAAAGAAGGAUGAAAAAUGUUGUAGAUGUUUUAUCAAUUCAGUCCCAAAGAAGGGCUAUAGAAGCCGCACAAAGGCCAACACCUACAGAUUAUAGGAAGAAAUCUAAUAAAAAUGGAUUAGCAUCAAGGUUUCUUUUUGAAUGUGCUGUAAAGUUGGCCAUGAAACCAUUAACAACGGCCACAGCAGCUACACUAUUUCAUAGGUUUUUCAAGGAAGUAGAUAGCUCAUCAUAUGAUGUUUUUCUUAUUGCUUCUGCUUCCAUUUAUUUAGCUGGGAAAAUCAAAGAUGAUCCAGUUAAAAUUCGUGAUGUAAUUAAUGUUGCACAUAAUACACUUAAUCGAUCUUCCGGUCCACUUGAACUUGGAGAUGAAUAUUGGUCGAUGCGAGAUGCAAUUGUUCAAGCAGAAUUACUUAUUACAAGAAUGUUAAAAUUUGAACUAAAUACUGUUCAUCCACAUAAGUACAUGCUUUACUACAUGAAAUCAUUACAAGAUUGGUUGGGACCAACUAUUUGGAAUUCAGCACCGAUUGCAAAAUCUGCUGCAGCUUUUCUUCAAGAUUUUCAUCAUAAUCCAGCUAUUUUAAAUUAUAAAGCGGAGCAUGUUGCUAUUUCAUGUUUAUCAUUGGCCCUACAAACUUAUGGUAUUCAAGUACCAUCAACAGAUGAAAAUGAUGAUAAAGCAAUUUGGUAUCAUGUUUUUGUUCAAGAUCUAAGCAAAGAUUUACAUUGGGAAAUAAGUGAAAAAAUUAUGGAAGUUUAUAGUAAUGAAGCUGAAUUGGAUGAUUAAGAUAAUUUAUAUUAAUUUAAUAUAAAUAAAAUGAUAUGAAUAAUUAUAGCAAAUAAUCAUAACAGAUCAUAACAGAUGGUGAAUGUAAUAUUAAUGUUAUAUGAAAGUA